UUCGCGUGCAUCCCACAUACGCCCAAAUUACGCACAUAGCGCUCCUGUUUACACGCCAAACCCAAGGAAAACGUACACUGGUGAAGUCAGCAUCAUGGUACAAUUUAAAGAGGAGUCUCAAAAGAGGAGUUUCGUGACAGCUCCACACUGCUGGUUAUAAUAAUAGCGAGAGAUUUGUGGAGCAGAGCGCACUUUCGCGAUGGAGCCGCGCGCCGCCAAAAGAGAAAUCACUCAGAGGGUGUUUGUGAACCGGAGUUUGACACUUGAAAACAUCAAGUGCUAUGGCUUCGACAUGGAUUACACUCUGGCAGUGUAUAAGUCUCCAGAGUAUGAGAGUCUGGGCUUUGAGCUGCUCAGGGACAGGCUGGUGUCAAUGGGAUAUCCACACGAGCUGCUGGGCUAUAUGUACGAUCCCACCUUCCCCACACGAGGUCUGGUGUAUGAUACCACGUAUGGGAACCUGUUGAAAAUAGACUCCAAUGGAAACAUCCUGGUAUGCACUCACGGCUUUGAGUACCUGAGAGGCGAACAGGUCGAUGAGUAUUAUCCAAACAAGUUCAUCCAGAGGGACGACACGAACCGCUUUUACGUCCUCAACACGCUUUUCAACCUUCCAGAGACGUAUCUGUAUGCGUGCCUGGUUGACUUUUUCACCAAAAGCAGCAGAUACAAAAAUUGCAUGAAAGGGUUCAAACACUGUGACUUGUUCAUGUCACACAGAAGCACGUUUCAGGACAUUAGGGAUGCCAUGGAUUACCUUCACGACACGGGCACUCUGAAGGAAAGAACUCUGAAGAACCUAGACAAGUACGUGAUUAAAGAUCCUCGUCUUCCUGUGUUACUGAGCCGCAUCAAAGAGGUCGCCAAAGUGUUCCUGGCCACCAACAGCGACUUCAGUUACACCGAGGCAAUUAUGAAAUACUUACUGGAUUUUCCAUCUGGCUCUAAGAACCCCAAGAAACUGUGGCGCUCAUACUUUGAUCUGGUGGUGGUGGACACGAAGAAGCCCUUGUUCUUUGCAGGGGGGACAGUGUUACGACAGGUAGACACGGACACUGGGAAGCUGCGUAUCGGCACAUACACCGGAAACCUUCAGCAUGGGACAGUGUAUUCUGGAGGAUCUUCUGACAUUGUCUGUGAUUUGCUGGAUGUUAUGGGGAAAGACAUCCUCUAUGUGGGGGAUCACAUCUUUGGCGAUAUCCUCAAGUCAAAGAAACGUCAAGGCUGGAAGACUUUCCUGGUGGUUCCUGAGCUUGUGAAGGAGCUGCACGUGUGGGCCGACAAAGCCAGUAUGUUUGAGGAGUUAAAACAUCUUGACAUCUUCCUUGCAGAAUUAUAUCAGCAUUUGGACAGUGGAAGUCAAGAGUGCCCAGAUAUUAGUGCAAUUCAGAACAGGAUAAAGAUGGUGACGUAUGGCAUGGAUCUGUGCUAUGGAAAAGUGGGCAGUCUUUUACGCUGUGGUUCCACAAAAACCCUCUUUGCCAGUCAGUUACUGCGCUAUGCGGAUAUAUACUCUACCUCCUGCCUCAACCUCCUAAACUACCCCUUCAGCUACCUCUUCAGAGCCCCUCUUGUCCUGCUGCCACAUGAGGCCGCUGUGGAGUCUCAGACUAAAGAGUAGAUCACAGAGCUGUCAGAGCACGUGCUCAAAACCACCAGCAUCAAGCGGCAAUGUGAGUGUGAAGACGGUGACUGUGGACAAGAAGAUAAUUGUGCCCAAAAUAAUCCACCUACCUCCACAGAGACAUGAGGACGGAGUUCUUUCUCUUUUUACUGCUCUAAAUAUGAGCUUUUUAUCAAGUGUGCAUAUGUUUCACUUUAACAUUUUCCAAUCCUGCCUUUAAACUGUGUAUUUAUGUGGUUGAUUUGCAGUAUUAGCUUUAACUUGAGUAUGAUUCUGGCAGGUAAUUGUGAGUAAAAGGAAUUUGCCAAGUUUUUUGUGAUGUUAACAAGUUAUUUAAGUUAACAGCUUUUGUGUUGUUAUGUGUAAAGCAAGUGUAAAAUCUUUAUUUAACCAUUUUAUAAAACUUUUAUAUUCAGUGUGUUUAAUUUAAGACCUUUGAUAGAAUGUAACUCAGUCUUUUGUCCGUCAGUCAUGAAUGCAUGAAAACUGAAGAACUGGGUUGCAGGAUUUUGAAGUCAAAUGUUUAUUUGCAUAUGUUUAUAAUGUCUCCUCCCAUGUGACAGAAUCCCAUACAAUAAUGCAGGGAUUGACAUAUAAUUAAGUAGAAAGUAAGUUUAAAAAUGUUUCUGAUUUAAUAGGCCUAUAUUUAUGCAUUUACAAGCUAUUUUUCA